AUGAGUCAGCCCCAUCUAAAACCCGCACGUCCCAAGGAAGUCUACAGGGAUAGAAAUGGAUUCGUCGAACCUAUCAACCUUCGUAUUUCAGGCCAAGUACCAGUUCCCAACCUUCACGUAAAGCCUACCACUUCCGAUCCAAAUGUCAAAGCCGCAUACGCAAAGAGCCUUCGCAACGGUGCAGAGCGCCGUCGAUUUGCGGAGGACGUCCUGUUGUUGAAAGGCUCGUAUUUUCCCGGGUGGGCCUUCUUGUCGGGUCCCACUGGUGCCCGGAAGACUAACCACGGUGGAAUGCCCAAUAGUGUGGAGGCAGCAAGGGAGCUGGAUGCUCAGCGAGAGACUUCAGAUAGCGUCCAGCGGUCCAUUGAUGAUCUGAAAGCACGACACAAAGAAGAAAUGCAAACCCUUUAUGAUUGGCAGGCGGACGACUAUUUCGAAGAAGCCAGACAGGCUUGCUUCUCCAAGGAUGAGGAAGUGACAGAUCCCAAUAUAGAUACAUUCUACCACUCCCUACACACGCCACAUCCACCCAUGGUGGCGUCGUUCGACAACGCCGUGUCCGCGCACCGCUACGCGUAUCUCUCCACGCUCAAAAAUCUCACGCGUCAGCACGCUGGCCUUACGCGUGAGGAAGAGGACCGCCGCCGCCGAGCGGACGCCCAAUUUCCUGCCUCGUUGGCAGAAUAUCGUACUAUUCGUUCCAAGGAUACACAGCUCCGCAUCGCGCGUUUCCUGACUGCGGACAACACGGCGCGGGAUAAAAUGAUGGAUGAAUUCCAGUGGGUCUGGCGGCAGGUCAAGCCGCUCAUCGACGAGUACGAGUCAAACACGGACUUCAAGUUAGAGGUCCAAGCGAGCAUGCGCCAGGUUGAGACGCACGACCCGCGGCGGAAGGCAUAA